CCGCAAGUUUAAAAAAAAACAAAAAUUGUGCUAUAAAAAAAUGAGUUUACCUAAGAAAAAACGGCUGGAAACAAAAAAAAAGAUUGUAUACAAAAAUGGAGCUCUGUUAGCUGCAAACUAUGAGGAGGUUUAUAAACAAUCAAUCGAAAAUCCGGAAGAUUUUUGGGACAAAAUCGGUCACCUAGUGACAUGGUCGAAACCAUGGAACAAAGUCCUAGACAGCUCCAAUGAACCUUUCAUAAAAUGGUACGUAGGUGGCGAAAUAAACGCGUGCUAUAAUGCAGUAGACAGGCACGUGGAAGCAGGAAAUGGCGACAAAGUUGCUUUAAUAUACGACAGCCCGUUGCUUGGAAUAUCUAGAAAAAUUACAUACUAUGAGCUACAGGAAAAGGUUUCCAAAUUGGCGGGUUUACUAGCGAGACUGGGUGUGUCGAAGGGCGACAGGGUGUUAAUUUACAUGCCACUGAUACCCGAGACUGUAGUCGCCAUGUUAUCGGUGGUUAGAUUGGGAGCCGUUCAUUCUGUUGUCUUUGGAGGUUUCGCCGCAUCGGAGCUCAAGGUCAGAAUCGAACAUGCUGAACCGAAUGUGAUUAUUGCUGCCAGCUGUGGUAUAGAACCAAGCCGGGUAAUUGAUUACGUAGCAGAAAUGAACGAGGCCAUUGAUAUGUCGCUUUACAAACCAAAAAAAUGCGUCAUAUUUCAAAGGAAAAAUAUCCACAUCAGUGAGCUGGAUCCAGAGCGUGACGUAGAUUGGGAGGAGAGUGUCAAAAACGUUCAAAGUGCUCCCUGCACUCCGGUGGAAUCAAACGACCCGCUUUAUAUUUUAUACACUUCCGGCACUACAGGUGAACCGAAAGGGAUCCAGAGACCCACGGGGGGCCAUCUGGUGAUGCUGGCUUUCACCAUGAAAGUGCUGUACGCGAUGCGCCCUGAUGAUGUUUGGUGGUCGACCAGCGAUUUCGGGUGGGUCGUGGGUCAUUCGUACAUGUGUUACGGGCCUUUGGUGUACGGAAUAACGAGCGUAAUUUACGAAGGAAAACCAACUAACACACCAGAUCCGAGUUCAUAUUACAGAGUAAUCAACGAAUACCGGGUGAAUACGAUUUUUACCGUUCCAACCGCGUUGAGAAUACUGAAAGAAGUCGAUCCUGACGCCAGAUUCGGGACCGAAUACGACACGGCAAGCUUAAGACAAAUAUGGGUUGCCGGAGAGCAUCUGGAUAUGUCGGCGAAAUUAUGGGCCGAGCGAACAUUUAAAGUGACGGUUGCCAAUCACUGGUGGCAAACUGAAACCGGGUCGGCCAUAUCUGGAUCUUGUCUCGGUUUAAGUAAUCCCUCUGCGGACAACAAACUUACGACGGGCCUUCCCUUUCCCGGAUACAAUGUUGAAGUGGUACGCAAGGAUGGCUCUCUUUGCGAUUCAAAUGAACUUGGCAGGAUAGUGGUCAAGUUGCCUACUCCGCCUGGAUUUAUGACAACGCUAUACAGGGCCGAUGAAAGAUUCUUCAAAACGUAUUUUGCAAGAUAUCAGGGAUAUUACGACACAAUGGACGCGGGGUGCAUCGACGGAGAUGGACAGGUCCACGUCACUGCCAGAGCGGAUGACGUCAUCAACGUCGCAGGUCACAGAUUAUCAACUCUAGCUUUAGAAAACAUUAUACUGUCGCAUCCCGACGUCAGUAAUGCUUGCGUCGUAUCUGUACCUGACAAGAUCAAGAGCGAACUACCUUUAUGUCUAUUUGUUACCAAAGAAGACGCGGAUUUGAACGACUGUAUGGUGGCCCAAGAACUGGUCGCCAUGGUGAGAGAAAACUUUGGUGCCGUGGCAGCGUUCAAAUUGGCCAUAAGCGUGAAACAGUUGCCUAUGACAAGGUCGGGAAAGAUAUGUCGCAAGUCAAUUUCGGAUCUAGCCAGAGGCAAACUAAUGAAGAUACCUGGCACGGUGAUAGAUCCAACAGUUUUUGAAGAAAUUAAGGAUGUUUUAGUUCAAUUGGGAUACUGUAGUUAGUAUUUUAAUUAGCAUAAGUAUUUUACAUGUUAAAUACGGGACACAUCAGCGA